GUUAAUUCAAUUAUAUUAGCAACCGGGGUUGGCGCAACAUUUGGAGCUACUUCGGAUAUUAGUAGGGCUUUUUCUGGAGAAAAGUUUGGCGAUUUCUUCAGCAUGGCCUAUUUGUCUGCUGGUUUCCUUCUCAUUGCAACAUUAACCUCUGGAGUUUCUUCUGUCACUUCUUCAUUGACCCUUUCUAAGAGAGGAUAA